CCCCAAAAACACCCAGAAAACACAUUUUUUAUGGGUGUUAAUUUUUCGACCGAUUCCAAUACUUUACCUUACACACUAGGUGUGUGCGGAAAAGUAAUAGGGGUCGUAUCGGUGAACCAGACAUUACUAAAGUUCUACAUUGCGGUUCGGGGAAUUUUGAUCAGCGUUCCAAAAGAUGAAGAUAUUGUUGGAACCAUAGACCUUUUGUACAAGCUGUACAAAAUCUUCAACAUUGAGCCUGCUGGACUUACCAAAGCGUUCAUUGACUUUUUAGAUUACUUCAUUUACGACAAUGAAGAUAUUUCUAGUGCAAAAAUUACCAAAGAGAUGCAUGAUUUGGGAGAUAAAUUGAAAAGUUUAUCAGUUUAAUAUUUUUUUCAUGCGUUGAUUUACCAUUUCAUAAGCAAAAU